UGAAGAUUUUUUUCCGACCAAGAAAGAAAGAAAGAACGAAACUAGUUAUGUUUCAACCACGCGCUCACAAGCACGUGACACCGCCAUAACUAGUUUCUUCUUCUUCUUUAUCGCAACUAUAUAAACCCUUCUCCUCAAUUUUCAACCUUUCUCUUUUGUCAACUCCAUCACAAAAACCUAAACUUGACGAAAACCCCUUUUUCUCAAAACCCUAACCCUAAUUGAAUCCAAUUGAAUAUAGAUCGUGGAAGGAAAAACAAAGAGAAGGAAAUUGGAUCGAAUUUGAUAGUCAGCAUCGAACGAACGAUGUCUGCUGCUGUGUGCGGAAGCAAAAGAUCUUUCUUUGAAGAACUUCCACCUUCUCCGCCACUUUCUAAGAGGCUUCGUUGUUCAUCUGCUACUUCUCCGAUUCGUUUUCCGACUCCAUCUCUUAUUGAUCAGCUCACAAAUCUCUUCCCUCAUAUGGACCAAUUGAUUCUUGAAAGAGCUCUCCAAGAAUGUGACAAUGACCUAGAUGCAGCCAUCAAGAGCCUGAAUGAGCUUUAUUUGGGAGCUGCCGGGGGAAAUUUUGGAGCUGCUGAAGAAUCGGAGAUUGAUGUUAAUGUGGAUGCAGGUAAAUUGCAAAAUGAUGGCAAUGCCUCUGCUUCUGAGAACCAGUCUACUUUGAGCAGCCUUCCUGCAGAUGGAGCUGAAUGGAUUGAUUUUUUUGUUCGAGAAAUGAUGGUUGCUACCAGUGUUGAUGAUGCUAGAGCCCGUGCUGCUAGAAUGCUGGAGGUUCUAGAGAAAUCAAUCAAUGAGCGGGCAAGUGCUGAGAAAACAGAUGUUCUUCAGAAGGAGAAUUCAAUGCUGAAGGGGCAAAUCGAAGUGCUGAGUAAGGAGAGAAACUCUUUCAAAAACGCAUUUAGGAUCCAGAACGAACGUCUUGCUGAUUAUGAGAAUAAGAAUCAAGAAUUGCAGCAUUUGAAGCAGUUGGCCUCUCAAUACCAGGAGCAGAUCAGAACACUUGAGAUCAACAACUAUGCUUUGGCAAUGCAUUUGAAGCAGGCUCAACAGGGCAACGGAUUUCAAGGGCAUUUCCCACCUGAUAUCUUCUAACUAAAUCAAUGUGUAGAAUGUCAUAAUAAAGGCGGCAAAUAGUUGCACCGAGUUAAUUAUGUUCUGUUUUUUAUCGCGACAGGUUAAGCAUUGGUAUACUUUGUGUAGCUUCUAUUGCAAGCAUGCUUUCUGUUUCUAUAGUUCAAGAGUGAUUCUAUCCUAUCAACCAAUAUAGAACUUGAUAGAUUCAUUCCCAUAUUUUGCCUAUUUUUCGGUUUUUAUUUAUUGUCACUGCUGAAUACCCUCAAUGUUCAAGAUCAGUUUGAUAUUAUCAUUGUUGACUAUUGGAAGUUUGGUUUGCAGAACUAAAAUUUACCAUGAUAUUGAUAUAGAACUCAUUUGUUAUA